CACAGGUAACAUAACUUAAAUAACCGGCAUUCAGAUACCAAGACAUUGUGAAAAUACACGUGUGGACUGAUAUAGUGUUUUUCAUUUAUCUUUUGUGUGUUUGAUUUUAUGUUCACAAAUUUAACACGAGGUACUGCACGUUUGUUGUUUUAAACACAAUUGAUUUGUUUCUAUUUUCAAUUGUCAUUCUUUUUUUAAAUUCAUUUUAACCAUCUGACUCAACCAUGAACAAAGCUAUUGUGAUGCGAACAACGUAACUUGAGUACGCUUCAAAAAUUACACUUAAUAUACGGAGUCGAAAGUAACACAUUCAUUGCGUAAUGCUACACAACCGUGACAAAAUACCUAAUCGCUAUUGACUCUAUUAUAUAAGUUUCAUGAAAAUUGUGAUCACUGAAAUCUUGAACACAUUUUAACAACAGCUGGUUAAAGAGAGUGUUGGAUCUAUUGUUCUAGUCAUACGUGUUUGUGGAAAUGCACAUGGAUAAAGUGUCGUUACAGGCGUCUUGUAUCUUGGUUGUGUUGAUAUGGAACUCAGUGUUAGCAAACACGACAGAGGGGGUAGAAAUAGAACAAACGCACGUGCGCACGUGGUCGCGCUGGUACAACACGGACAAACCUACAUCCGAUGAGGUGGAGGAUGAAAGGGUCAUUAGUAUACGUAAGCGCGGAUAUCAGAUCUGUGACGGGAAUGCGCCCAUUGACGUCUUGUGUCGUGCGAAGAACAGUCCCCAUCUGCUGUUUAACCAGGAGAGUGCACACCUCGCACCGGAUAUCCUGUACGUGCAAUGCACGACGAAGGGGCUUCUGUGCAGAACGGCCGAUCAAAGGGACUCCCGGAAGUGUUUGGACUAUCAGAUCCGCUUCGAGUGUUUAUCCGUGCUGGAGCCCAUGCUUCCCCCAAACAUUGGUGUGAUCGGUGUGGCGGCGGGGUUGUCCGUCAUCGUCCCCAUCCUGUGCGUUGCUAUAAUGCACGUAGUCCGAAUCUGCCGGGGCCGCGGCAUCCAAAGCCAGCAGAGCGCAGCCACGGAAAACGCUGAGCAGUCCGUCCAGUCCGACUAUAGCACCCUCCCACCUUCCUAUUCUUUCUUGUUUGGAAGCGAUCCGGAUCUCCGCGUUAGUGACGUUAACGGAUAUGACGUACCGAGUGGCGGAAAUAGCGAGGCUAAUUUAGAGCAAGGACACGUCAACGAUGGAAGUGUUUCAGUGAAUCUUAUCGCGCCGCCUCCAGUGGACGGUUCUCAAGACCGUCUUAGUAGCGGCAGUCUGCCUGACCUUGGAGAGUACCGGAACUCUGUCCAGGGGGACAGGACAUCUCAGGGACCCGCCCAGCCGCGCAGCCCAACAUGGCGUGCGCGGUUUCCCAACAUGCACUUAUCACUUUUUGAACUAUUCCGGUGGCCCUCCAUUCAGGAACCCACGUCCCCGCAAUCCCCCGAUCUCAGUUACGUUCAGACGCCGCCGCCCACAUACAAGGACGCUGUUGAUUUAUUAGCACUGGACAAAAAACCGCCAAGUAGCACAGAUACAACCAUUGAUCUCGAAAAUACACAAGAAAAAGUUGAGCACCCUUCCUAGGUUUUUUCGUACAACUUAAUAAAUUAUACAUGUUUACUUUAUAUUUGUUUAUAACUAAUUUAUACUUUAGAUUUAAACGGUUUCGUGUGUCAUGUAUAUUUAUCCCAGAUCUCAGUUACGUUCAAACGUCGCCGCCCAUAUACAAGGACGCUGUUGAUUUAUACGCACUUAGCAAAAAAACGCCAAGUAGCACAGAUACAACCAUUGAUCUCGAAAAUACACAAGAAAAAGAUUAGCACCCAUCCUAGGUUUUUUCGUACAAAAUUAUAAAUUAUAUAUGUUUACUUUAUAUUUGUAUGUAACUAAUUGAUACUUAAUUUUUGAACGGUUUCUUGUGUCAUGUAUAUUUAUAAAAAUAUAUUGUUGUGCUAAAUUGUAAUUUUCAUUGUGUGCUGAUCUGUAUUUUUUUAUUGAUUUGUUCUUUGUUUCUCUUUUUUUUUCAAUUUUUGUUAAUAUCGAAAAUAUUUAUUUACACACGAUUUACAUUGUUUUAUUACUUAUAUAAUAUUUACGUAUUUUUGUCAAGGAAAAUACGUUUUCGUAUCGUAAGUGUCUUUCAUCCUCCUGCUUCCUAAUUUACCAAAUAAAUCAGUGAGAAAUCUUUACUGCCAACUUUCGGUAAACGUACACAAAGGUGUUUACAGCGUGACAUCGUUACGUUACGUUACGUUACGUUAUUUGCGAAAGGAGGAUUGUCAAUUCCGUUUGUGUUCGGUUGUGGUCGGUGUGUGAGAGCGUAUGUAGGCUUGGCUGAUUAAUUGUUGCUCAGAUUACAUUGAUAAACAGAUGUGCAAUAUUACUUUAGUAAUCUCAUUUACAAGUGAUUCAUUAUAUAGAGUCUAGGCUACAUCAUUCACGAUGUUUUCAUCCUAUCAUUUAAAAAACCCAUUGUGGUAUAGAUCCGUAUUUGUCAAGAGAGAUACAUUGUGUUAAAACUCUGUUCAUAGUUUAACUUUCACGUUGUUUUGUUUAUUAGUUGUGCUGAUUUAUGUACAGUGCACCUAUAAAGCGUGCAAUCAACGACUCUUCUUCAAUGAAUGUCGUGUUAAUGUAUAUAACUUAUAUUACGUAUGUUUCCAUUCCAAAUGUGAUAACAAUAAAACUGAAAAUGAAA